AUGGGCAGGGGGGUCGCCUAUGAGAACGGGGUAGCUCUGGCCCCUCCCACCAUGACCACCUGCAGCAGCGAGGCGUUCUCAAACGUUACCAGGGGGGACUACCAAGUACCGGACAGACGAGGGGUUUCUGCCAAGCACUUUUCGGCGAAACCACAGGAUAGGUCAAAGCCGUUCCUUCACGACUCAUUGUACGAGCACGACUUCAGGAACUUCUCCGACGAGGUAGACGGACUGGACGGGGGAGAGGGACCAAGAGGGGGGGAACGCGACGGGGAGAACGCCUUCAAGCGGGAGUUUGACAGGCUAGACGCGGGCAACGGCGUGGUCCACAUACGGGACAUGCCGAAGCUCAUCCAGGGUGUGCUUGGCCGCGACGUGCGCCCUUGGAUCCUGGACCGUAUCCUCAAGAUGUUUGAGGCGAAAAGGGACGGUAAAGUCACCUGGCUCGACCUCCAGGAUGGACUGAGGAAGGUGGCGGAGUCGGCCAGGUCCGACGUGUCGUACAAGGAGAGAGAGAUGCCAGAAUGGCUCGUCGCCAACAGAAAGGUCAUGCCGGCGGUAACGCACGGGCAAGUGACGGAGAGCUGCUACCAGAUGGACAUGGGCAAGGACGGGGAGAUACCGCGCGACCGCAGGAUCUGGUACAAGACCGGCAUGUCCUCGACGACCCUCGACCUCUUCGAAGGCACCACGAAGGCCACCUACCAGGUACCGGGAUACGGCGGUUUCAUACCCGCGAGCAAAAUGAACCUUCGCGCUCGCGAGCAUGGCGACAUGAAGAACUCGAGACGGCCACGUUUGGACCUCCGCCUCUUCUACCGUCACAACAACCCCGGUUACACCGGCCAUGCACCUGCCGCCGCCUGCAACGACCCGGGCCCGUCGCGCUGCGGUUCCGACCCGCUCACUACCUCCGGUGCCGCGGCACUGGGGAUAAUCUUAUGA